ACUAUCGCGGCGUUCACAACAUCCUUUCCUUCCCUCCUUCCCGGCUCCCUUCUGGAUUGUUUAAACCGUGCCUCAGGGAGCCGCUGCAGCGGGCAGACCGACCGGUGGUAAGAGGAGCUGGUGGUGGUGGUGGUGCUGGUGGUGGUGGGGGGGUCCGGAGACAGCGGCGGCAGCUCAGAGACAGCAAGAGAAAGGGAGAGAGGCCCCCUUUUCUCCCCCUUUCCCCUCUCCAUUCAUUCCUUCUAGCGCUCCCCUCCUCCGGCCCUCGCUCUCUCGCUCGGGGGGGGGGAAAAGCCGGCAGCCAUGGAGCCCCCGGCCGGCGGCGUGGCCCUGGCCCCCUCCACGCUCAGCCCCGCCGUGCCCACCUACGUGACUCUGGGGCUGACGGGGGUCUACACGGCCCUGUACUCGCUCCUCUUCGUCGGCGUGUACUCCCAGCUCUGGCUGGUGCUGCGGUACGGACACAAGCGACUGAGCUACCAGACGGUGUUCCUGUUCCUGUGCCUGCUGUGGGCCGCCCUGCGGACCGUGCUCUUCUCCUUCUACUUCCAGGACUGCGUGAGGGCCAACACGCUGGGACCCCUGCCCUUCUGGCUGCUGUACUGCUGCCCCGUCUGCCUGCAGUUCUUCACCCUCUGCCUCAUGAACCUCUACUUCGCCCAGGUUGUUUUCAAGGCAAAGUCAAAAUAUGACCCAGAGCUGUUGAGAUACAGGCUGCCCCUCUACCUGCUCUUCCUCUCCAUCAGCCUGCUCUUCCUCCUGGUCAACCUGGCCUGCGCUCUGCUGGUCAGGAUGACGGCGGCCGACCCUCGGGUCGUGGUGCUGGUGCGGGUCACCAUCAACGACACGCUCUUCGUCCUGUGCGCCGUGUCCCUCGCCGCGUGCCUCUACAAGAUCGCCAAGAUGUCCCUGGCCAACGUCUACCUGGAGUCGAAGGGGACCUCCGUGUGCCAGGGGACAGCGAUAGGCGCUACGGUCAUCCUGCUGUACGCCUCCAGGGCCUGCUACAACCUGGUGGUGCUGGCUCUGUCCAGCAACACCAUCAACUCCUUCGACUACGACUGGUACAACGUCUCGGACCAGGCAGAUCUGCAGCUGACCCUGGGCGAUGCCGGCUACGUUGUGUUCGGCGUGGUCCUGUUUGUGUGGGAGCUGCUGCCCACCUCUCUGCUGGUCUACUUCUUCAGGGUGCGACGCCCCUCCCAGGACAGGAGCGGCCCGGGUCUCUCUGGCCAUGGGUUCUCAUCAAGAGCGUACUUCUUCGACAACCCCCGGCGCUACGACAGCGAUGACGACCUGGCCUGGAGCAUCAUCCCCCAGAACAUCAGACCCAGUGUGACCGCUGAUAGCUGCGACUGGGGCAGCCAGAGCAGCAGCAUCACUGCCUACAUCGGGGGGGAGGAGCCUCUGUUCCAGGCCCCGCCCCCAGAGGAGCUGAACCCGUACUGAUGGACAGCUGACCUGAUUUAUCAGGCACCCACUGUUUUUGCACAUGACUCAGAGACAAACAGAGGCACAUAUUAGGGACGUCACCCUGGACUUUAUACAUUUGGGAUUCUUUUUUUUUAUGGCCCUAUUUUUUUGGGUCUGCAAACAAGAGCUAACAGAGUUUUUUAUACAAAUAUAUUCGAGUCCUUAAUUGGGACAUUAACUUGCACAAUAUGGUAAAAGAAGUAUAGCUAUUCUGACUCUUUAGUUUUAGUACAUAGUUGAUGCCAAAUAUCUAAUAUAUUUCUGUGUUUUGGUUAGUCCGAUGUGUUCCAUUAUAAAAUGUAUUUACAUUGAUACAUAGACUGUGAUUACUGUUUAUAUAAUAGAUUUGUUGAAUUCAUAAUAAAGGGAGUUUUAUUCUGUGUACAUUUGACGCUAUAAAAGAAUAAGGACAAAUAUUGGACUUCUUACAAUUCAUGGAAUUAUCUUAUUAUAGUAUUUACGGUGCCCACCAUGAGUUGGAGUAUAUAUCAGAAAGACAAGCUGUAUGGUGUUUGAUAGAAGAUCACUUGUCAUGCAGUUUAUAAAGCAUUGACAAGCAUAUUAAUUUGUAACCAAGGCUUCACUGCCAUGGAAUUGGCUGCUAGGUUUAAUUACGUUGAAUCAAACCGUCCUUAAAUAACCAUAAAGGAAUUUGUAGAGCAGGACAGCAAAGUUAUUUUUCGCAUGAUGAGUCACAUUAAAGUGUAAAACAGAAACUACCAUCACACUUAAAUAACAAAAUGCAUCCAGCCCGGAAAUUAAUUAGAAAUAAGGCGUACUACCCAGUCAGUGGCAGUUUACAGCCAUCUAUUCAUACUACUAUCACUUCAAGAGGGUUACGAGUUACAGAAGUAUUUUCAUCUAUUGAAUUCAGUCAAACAUUUAAAAUAGCCUAUUAUAAUGGAUGUAGAACUAUCCAAAUGCAAGACAUCUGUUAAUUGCAUACGCUCUAGCAUAGCUGGUAAGACGAGGAUGAACAUGAUUUUUCCUACAAAUUAGUUAAGAAAUGAAUGUGCUUGACCUUCAAUAACAACUUAUACAUUUAAAUUGGUAGAAUAUCUAACCCUAUGGAUAUUCCAAUUACUUUAUGUCGAUAAGCCAUUUUAGAAAUCGUGAUUAACCAAGUCCCUACUCCGUGGUGUCCAGCAGGUGGCAGCAUGCAGCAGUCAAUUAUACCUCAGCGCCUUCAGAC